AUGGCCACGCCGCCGGCGCAGUCGCCGUCGCCCGUUAGGCUCCGGCUUGUGUUCGACAACCGCCGCCUUCUACGGAGGGCGCAGCGGGAGGACGGACUCCGGCGCUGCUGGCUUCUACUCCGACCCGAGCUCGCUACUGUCGCCGAUCUCUCCGCCCACGUCGCCGCCCGUUUCCACCUCCGCCGCUCCUGUCCUGGUGGCAUCGUCUUCACGAUGGAUGGAUUUGUCUUGCCACCAUUCGAGUCGACUUGCAUAUUCAGGGACAAGGAUAUCAUAAGGGUAAAACAGAAAACUUGCAAGGGUACAGUACGCCAUAAUGACGUACACUGUAUUGAAGAUCCUGAGAUAGUAGAAAAGCGGUCGCUUCCAACUGAUGAUAAAGUUCUUGCAAUCGAGUAUCGUAUUGACUGUAGUAAGCACCAAGAAGAAGAGGUACAUUGUGAUCAUCAGCCUGAAGAGAAUCCAAAAUCCAACCACAAUCUAGAAAAUGGGCAUACAAGUUUGAAGAGGAAAUGGCGAGAUGGAGAUGCAAGAAUACCUGGGAGUUCAAAGUAUCCUCCUUUAUUUGUUGUUGUAUUUUCGCUUCACUUUCUGCCAAUGAAAUAUGGUAUCCACACUUGUUCUAGUUUUAUCCCCAUCCCUUCAAAAGCUGGCGAACUGAAGAUGGCAAAACACACAGGGUGCGACAACAACAUUUGCCAAGACCAAGGUCGCCGUGGCACCAAAGAGUCGAAGCCAUCAACUAUUGACAUUGAAGCAAAGAAGGCAGCGAUACAAGCUGAAUUCACUGUUGAAUUGGAUGGAAAGGAAAAAGCUGGCAGGUGCAACCAGACCGAGUUGAAUUGCGAAACUGAGGUCUCUGGGCAGACAACUCAAAGUAAUAAAAUGAGUCGAAGUGCUCGUCGUAAGAAGCUCAAAAGGCAAUUUAGGAAGAAAGCCAAAGAACAGCUGAAAGAGAAUGUGGAGUGCCAGGAAUCACCCACUGCUGCUGACUUUCCAUCUUCAAGCAACCAAAAUGAUCUUCUUUGCCCGCCUAGCAAUGAGAAUGGCCUGAACUUGCCAUUUUCAAGGCAUGGAGCAGAUGAGGAAGAAUCAGAUACAUCAGACGAUAUUGUUCCAGUUGUGGUUCGUCCUGGUCACAUUCGCUUUGAACCAGCAGGUGAACUAAAUACAUCAUUAGCGGAGGAAACGCAGGCAACUUUCACGUGGAGUGGAACUAUGAGCAAAAAGAAGGGCCAGAAGUGGGGGAUGAACAACUCAAAUAAGAGAAUCGCUGAUAUUGGCAAUUUUGGGGAAAUAGUUGGAAGUAAUACUGAAGAUAAGCACCUUAUGGUAAAUAGUAAGGACGAGGAAAAUGGUUUUUGUCGUGUCAGCAAUCAGAAGGUCAAUGAGAGCAAUCAUGAUGUAUUAGCGAAGGAGAAGACUGUUGCUGAGGAAGGGAAGUCUACCAGUGAACCUUUGGACUUUGAUAGACUUUACCCCCUAACACGACUUCCAAAGGAGGGAGAUCUUAUUGUAUAUCGGUUGGUUGAAUUGUCUUCCUCAUGGUGUCCGGAGAUUUCUCCGUACCGGGUCGGUGAAGUUCUUAUACAUGAUUUGAUAUCAACGCGCAUCAUUCUCUUGCCUGUUCCGGAGUAUCCAAUCAUCAUGAAGGAAAUGAUAAUCGAGGACAAGUUAGACAUGCCGGUGGAUAUUUCACCCUACAAGGAAGAUGGUUCCUUGGAGAUUGAGUACUCUUCCCUUCUUGAUGUAAGACUAUUGAAGGGUAGUGAGCCAGUAUCUUCAGCUCUUAGUACUCCCAUUAGAGAAACAGGAAAGAAAGAGGAACUAACAGCCGGAGAACCAGUUACCUUAGACAAAAAUAAAGGCAUAGUUCACAGCCAGACUGCAAUUUUGGUGUCAAAUAACACUAAAGAUCCUGAAGCGGCACCAGAAAAGGAACAUAGUAAGGUUUGGGAGGAAAACAGCGAAAUACCAAGUGACAAGCCUGACGAAGUUCAAGAGAAUGGCUGGGGAACUUGGAAACCAAAUGCUAGCACGUCGGCCUGGUCAUAUAGAGCGCAAAGAAGCAGUGCUCUUGGUCCAACACUUGCGCUUUUGAGAGGCAAAAAUGACAAGGGGGGCAAACCUAAACCUCCCAGUCGGAAAUACGCCAGGUGAGAUUAGUGGGGGCAUGUUAGGAAAAUGCUGAUAAUUCCAUAUUUGAUGUUUGGCCGAACGAAGAUAGUCUGUUGAAUGCCACUCAAGUCUUUCGGAUAUAAACAACCGAACCUUGAUCAUGUACCUAGACCGGAGGUGAAUGUUCCUUUUGCAACUUGUAAAGAUUGGUGACUGCCCAAUGCUGGUUUGAUAGUCUGGUACUCGCCGACUGUUCGGUUGGAAAUUGACCACAUAGCUGAUGUCAAAUCUAGUUGUUAGCUUUCUA